GUGACCGAGCCUCUUCCUUUCUUCUCUUGCAGGGACCCUGACCGUCAUGUUAAGGUAAAGCAGAGGGGCUCAGUGCUGAACAUGCUAAGGAGGCUGGACAAAAUCAGGUUCAGAGGUCACAAGAGAGAUGACUUCCUCGAUCUAGCAGAGUCUCCAAAUGCCUCGGACACCGAAUGCGGAGAUGAAGUGCCCCUGAAGAUACCUCGGACCUCGGCCCGGGACAGCGAGGAGCUGAGGGACCCGGCUGGCUCGGGGACCCUCAUCAUGGCUGCAGGAGUCCAGGACUUUAACCGGACAGAGUUUGAUCGAUUAAAUGAGAUCAAAGGUCACCUGGAAAUCGCCUUAUUGGAGAAACACUUCUUACGUGAGUACCCCUGAGUGGGGAGGUUCGGG